AUGAAGUUGCAAUAUAAGAAACAAGGAAAUAUUGAGCUUGUAGGAUACACCGAUGCCAGCUGGGCUUCUGAUUUGAACGAUCGUAAGUCAACGAGCGGCUACAUCUUCAUGCUACAAGGAGGUGCGAUUGCUUGGUGCUGUAAACGACAACCAACUGUAGCGCUGUCAUCAUGCGAAGCCGAGUAUAUGGCGCUGGCGGCCACUGUUCAGGAAGCUUCGUGGUGGCGCGGAUUGUUAGCACAAUUUGGACAGGAGAAACCGAUCGAAAUACGCUGCGAUAACCAAAGUGCUAUUAGUAUCGCCAAGAAUGGCGGUUACACACCACGUACGAAGCAUAUUGAUAUACGCCAUCAUUACAUCCGGGACGCUCUCGAACAGAACAUCAUCAACAACAUUGCCGGAUCGUGCCGUAUCAUGUAA